AUGGCCCAGAAAAAUAACUUCGAGUUCUCCAUCAGGGAGUUUAAGCCCUCGGACGAACACGUGAUCCGCUCUCUCUUUCGCGACGGCAUCCUCGAACAUGUUUACCCGGCUUUCUUCAAGGCCAUGAGCCACCCGGACCACAUCGGCAUCGCUCUGAGCAUCUCCAUGGCCGGCUACGUGCUGGGCGGCAGCUCCUACUUCCAGGCGCUUCUCUUCGGCAGCGCGUGGGCCGGCCUCAUUUAUUACUGCUGCCAUGAGAUCUACGACGGCUACGUGGCGAGGAGGCUGAGCUCAGACAUGGCCGCCAUUCAAGCGCACUACCUGGAGAACCCCGAUAACGGUUUGUGGGUGGCCGAGGCGGACGUCAAAGGCCAGUCCAAGGUGGUGGGGAUGGUGGCGGUGACGGGGAAGAGGGGAGCGGAGGACGGCGAGAGGUUCGACGACUGCAACGGGAGCGUCUCGGGAGGGGGAGCGGAGUUCGGCCAAGAAGCCGGCGACGGGAGCUACGCCGAGAUGUCGCACAUGGUCGUCGUGUAUCCGUGGCGACGCAAAAACCUGGGUUCGCGGCUGACGGGGAAGGCUCUGGAUUUCUGCAAAGACCGGGGCUUCUCCCGUCUCGUCGUGGACGUCAGCUCACCGCAGACGGCCGCCGCUUCCCUCUACCAAAAGUUCGGUUUCAUUCAAACGUCGUCCCACAGAAACACACACACCAACCGCUGGUUCUCCAAACUGGCUAGAAUAAAUGUGAAUCAGAUGGAGAAGUUCAUUUAAUGCAAAAAUAGACUUCAGCGCCUCAUGCAACAACAACUCGUCCUCAGUCCCAGCGCCUUCGAUAUAACACUUUGUCGCAGUUCUUUGGCGUUUCAUACAGAUGCACAAGUUACCCUUCAGAGUCAGCAUUGCACUCGACGUGAUCAAGUUUAAGCGCUUUAAACCCUCCUGUGGCAAAAUUAGAUGACAAGAGAAACCUGUGUUUUGUGACUUAGUGUAACAGUGGGGAGGAUCCAAUUAGGUUGACUGUUGUAUUGGAUGGAUGGCCCAAACAGAGAGAGGACUUUAGGACCCACUGGGACGGGGGUUUGAAACCAAAAAUAAACUAUGCAUUAAUGACUGAAACUAUCCCAUGAUGUAUUCCAAUGUCAGGUUCACAGCACAAAACCAUUUGAUAUUUAGUGCCUACACCUCACUAAAAGUAGCAUACAUUCUUUUAAAUACUAAAUUUCCCCAAAAACUUUUCUGAAACCUCGUCAUGUUUUUGUGCUUAAACCUAGCCAAAAGUAAAGUUUUUAUUUUUAUUUUUUAAACUUACCCCUGUAUGUUUCCUGAAACAUGGUUUUUAAAGAUUAUAUUUGUGGCUUGGCUUUUAUGCCUAUAGAGAAACACAGUGAAUAAAGAAGGAAUCUGGGAUGAGACUGUGGGGGAAUGAAAUGUGGAAAAGCACCGAGGAUCACAGUGAAACCCAGGCUGCCCGGUUCAAGGAGUAUAGCCUCUUUACAUGGUGUGUGCCACAACCGCUAGGCUAAUUAGCGUCCCUGUUUUCCAUAAUCGUUAACUGAAGUUUUUUGUCUGCGUAAACCUUACCAAAUGAACAUGACUUCAAAGCAGUCUCAACAUCUGUAGGACACAUAAAAGA